AUGGCGACCCACUACGGCCGCCAUCUCGAGCGGCUCCAGCGCGGCGAACACCUCGAAGCCAACGCGCUGCUGGCGCUCUGCGAGCGCGUCAAGGACCUGCUGGUCACGGACGACAACGUCGUGCGCGUGGCGUCGCCCGUCGUCGUGUGCGGCGACCUCCACGGCCAGUUCGACGACCUCCUCGAGCUCUUCAAGUUGUCCGGUCAAGCGCCCGAGACGAGUUAUGUCUUUCUCGGGGACUUUGUCGACCGCGGCGCCAUGAGCGUCGAGACGAUUUCGCUCUUGUGCGUCCUCAAGGCCAAAGAUCCCGACCGCGUGACGCUCUUGCGCGGCAAUCACGAGUCGCGGCAGACGACGCAGGUCUACGGCUUCCAGCUCGAGUGCAUGAAGAAGUACGACGGCGACGCGCGCAUUUACAAGUGCUUCAUGGACCUCUUUGACUUCCUCCCGCUUGGAGCGCUCAUUGACGACAGCCUCUUGUGUCUCCACGGCGGCCUCAGCCCCGCGCUGCACCACUUGGACCAGCUCCGGAUGCUCCAUCGGUUCCAAGAGAUCCCUCCCGACGGGAUCUUUGCCGACAUUGUCUGGUCCGACCCAGAUGCCAAGACCUUGGGCUUUCAUAUGUCACCACGAGGAGCUGGAUACAUUUUCGGCGAAGACGUGGUCGAGAAGUUCUUGCACACAAACAAGCUCGCACACAUGGCACGGGCGCACCAGUUGUGUAUGGAGGGAUUCCAAGUGCUGUUUCGAGAAACGUUCUCGACGGUCUGGAGCGCACCGAACUACUGUCACCGGUUCGGCAAUCUCGCGGCAGUCAUGGCCAUUGAUGAUCACCUUGAGCGCACAUACAAGACGUUCAAGGAGGCGGCAUCGUCCCGAAACAUUGGCGUGCUGGACAACAAGGGCACCACGAGCUCGGACGCUAUUGACGCAGGUUAUUUCACGUGA